AUGUUCUACUUCACAAUUUUCGCUGCUAUUGCUCUUUUUGCAACUGUUUCGAAUGGUUUACCAACCAAAUCCAAAAUGAAUGAAUCAGAACGUUGUUGUAUAUCAAGCCUAUUUAGUGCUCAAAUCAGCACAUUCAGCGGUGUGAAAUUGCCUGAUGGUACAACUUUCAGCUCUUAUGUAAGUCGUUUUUGCUUUCCGAAGAAAGCUUCAUGUAACAUGUCGACUAUACAUUCAAUAGGGAUAUUACAAU